AUGCCUGGGCCCCGUCAGUCCGGGCCGGAGGGAGCCGCGGUCCCUUUAAGGAGGAGGAGGACGCCUAGCAGGCGAGGCUGGGCGGCUCUUGCCUUGCUGGUGCCUCCCUGGCCGGGGCCGGUUCGGCCGCCUCUUCGGGCUGAGAAGCAGCAGCAGCAGCAGCAGCCCCAGCCCGCCGCGGCCGCCCGGGCCAUGCUUUGGCUAGGCCCGCCGUGCGCUCUGCACGCCCUUUCCCCCGGGGCCCUGCCGCCUCUCCAGGCGGCGUGUCGGAGCCUUGCUCGGGGGGAGACCGCCCGCUGCAACCUCCCGGGGGCGCGGGCCCUCGUCGGGCUCCUCUGCGGCCACGGGGAGGCCACCCCGCAUGCCGACGCCAGCCGACGAGCCACCGGCGGAGAGAGUCGCAGCCUCGGAUCUCGGAAGGACACUGGUGGGUCCCCAGGAAAUGAUCAUACAGAUCCUAGCCAGAAGCCCAACAAAUCCCAGCAGCUGAAGAAAGUUUUCAAGGAAUAUGGAGGUGUUGCAGUAGCAUUCCAUGUUGGGAUUUCAUUGAUGUCUCUGGGAAUGUUUUAUCUGGCCGUGUCAAGUGGUGUGGACAUGACUGCCAUUCUCUUCAAGCUGGGAUUUGAUGAAGCUGUGGUGCAAUCCAAACUAGCUGCCGGAACAAGCACUUUUUUAUUGGCCUAUGCCAUCCACAAACUGUUUGCUCCAGUCAGAAUCAGCAUCACCUUAAUCUCCGUGCCAUUACUUGUUCGCUAUUUCCGGAAGAUAGGUUUCUUCAAACCUCCAUCUCCGAACCCCUGAUUAAAGUCUCCAGAGAGAAAGAGGAAAAAAGAA